UUUUUUUUUUUUUUUUUCCUUCAGCAAUCAUUUCUCUUUCGAUGACCAUAAUUAUGUCAGAAUUGUGUAUAAUUCCGUCAAACUUUGAUUCCUGACACAAAUGAUGUUUUUGAAGUCUUCUGAUUUACAAAAAACAAAAGUAAAAGCGUAACUGCUCUCCAAGAUUUCCCGAAGGUUUGUUUGGAAGAGAGACCUUUUUCAGAGCCAUUUAUUUGGAAUAAAAAGAAAAUGAAGUAGUUCUAUAUAUAAGCUGCAUACAAAGUGUAUUUGCCGGGCUUCAUUCCAUUUUUGAUUGAGAGAAUCAUGGGAUAUGGAAUCUGAGGGUCCUGUACCUUCUUCCCUAUGAUCAACAUCUUGUAAGGAUGCAUAUAUUGAGAGAUUUUGAGAGCCCUUAUUCAGCAAAGAUGUUAUGGUCACAAACAUCUAUGCCGUAUUCAAGAUUCAGAUUGAAAUCCAACACAUACAGCAAUGAAUCAACUUUUGUUAACCAUCUUACCAUCCAGGGCAGCUGUGUAUUGAUGGGAGACCUCUUCUAGCAGUUAAAAAGGUGUAUUGUGGUAUAGUUCCCGUGAAAUUUCUCUUUGCAUUUAUUUCCUGAAAAUUUUCAAAUACUGGGCAUUUCAAGUUCUUAUGUAUGACAUUAUGGAUUUGUUCACAGAAGAGAGGAAAAGCUUUUGUCAGCAAAGAGGAGUGAUGAAAUUGUUUGAAAAUAAAAAACUUACUACAAUAUGUGCUCCGAUGGUGAGGUAUUCAAAAUUGCCUUUCCGAAUGCUUGUUCGAAAAUACGGUUGUGAUGUGGCAUUUACUCCAAUGAUUGUGAGUCAUUCUUUUGUUGAUUCCUUAAAAGCAAGACAUACUGAUUUUUCUACAAGUAUAGAAGACAGACCAUUAAUUGUACAGUUUGCUGCCAAAAAUGGGAAUGAAUUUGCUGACUCUGCUGAACUAACUUAUCAUUAUUCUGAUGGGGUUGAUCUGAACUGUGGUUGUCCUCAAAGGUGGGCCCUUUCAAGUGGAUAUGGGGCAUGUUUAUUAGAGAAGCCGGAGGUAGUUCACUCUAUGAUUCAGCAAGUUAGAAACCGAAUUUCAGAUCCUGAUUAUACAGUAUCAUUAAAAAUUCGCAUGCAUGAGAAUAUCAGGGAAACUGUAGAAUUUUGCCAGAGAGCUGAAAAAGCUGGUGCUUCAUGGAUCAGUGUUCAUGGAAGAACUAAAACUCAAAGAAAUGAAGCUGUAGAUUUAGAUGGCAUUAGAAUAAUUAAAGAUAGUUUGAAUAUUCCUGUUGUUGGUAAUGGAGACAUCUUUAAUCUAAGAGAUGCUGUUAAUUUUCAAGAAAAGACUGGGGUAAAUGGUGUGAUGUCAGCUAGAGGAUUACUUCAAAAUCCAUCUCUUUUUACUGGGACUGAAAUUACUUCUGCUUGUUGCAUUCGAGACUGGAUUAAUUUGUCUGUAUCAUUUGGAACAUCUUUCACUAAUAUGCAUCAUCAUUUAAUGUUUAUGCUUGAAAGGGUAAUGCCCAAACAUGAAAGAAAGCUUUUUAACUCAUAUACUGCUUUAGCAUCAGUUGUUGAUCAUCUAAACUCAUAUACGGCUUUAACUUCAGUUGUUGAUCAUAUGAAUUCAUAUACUCAAUAAUUUUUAAAAAAGUGCUUUUAAAUAUUGGAUUCAAAUUUUAUAAUUGCUUCAAAUAUUGCCAACAUGGAAAUGUUAUGCAUCUAAUUUUAGUUCAGCAUUUAUCUGUAUAAUGCAAAAUUUCGAGUUUCUAGGAAUACUGUAAUGUGCAGAUAGCAAAGAGUAAGCCGUGAAAGCAUAUUGAAAAUUUAACGCCUUGUAGACAAGAACUAAUUUAAGAAAAUCUGGUACCAUACAGAACAUUUUUAUACCAAUAAUAAUCUAGUAUUUUUUGCCACCUGUUCUUGAUAUAAUUUAUUUUUCAUUUCUUAAUUAGCAAAACAUGACCUACUUGUGUAAUAUUUUUAUUGCUUCAUCUUUUUCGUUUUAAUAGGAAGUAAGAGUUCAUGUUUUCAUUACAUUUUGUUUUGAUAAAUUUUACUAUUUUACUAUUUUUUUAAUAAGCAGUAAGAGCAUGUGUUUCAGAAAUUUAAAUAAAGUUUGCCUUUCUGUUCUAAAAUUUUGUGCUGUAGACCUCCCAUUUGGGGCAGUUGUUAUUUUUCCCAGAUUGUUUUAUUACAUUUUUUAAGUUUCUUUGUUACUUUCAAGAAAAUUUUCCCGUAUAUUAAACAAAGUUAAAUAUUGGAAUAAGUGCCUCAAAAUGAAAGUAAGUUUCAUGGAAAUUCUGCAUUUUCUAUUGUAAUUUAUGAAAGUGCAAUAAAUAGUGAAGAUUCAUAAAGACUUUAUGUGUGAGCAAAAGGACAAAGCACUUAAAAGGCAUCUUUCCUUAUCCCUUUCUUGAAAUUUCAAAUUUUAUAUUCUGGUAUUGGAUCUCCUAAUUUUAUGUUUUUCUUCUUCAUAAGAUCCACAGCCUGUUACAGGCAAGACUGUCUCUCCACGUUUCCUCCACCUGACCCCAUUCAGCGCAAUAGCCUUCCAUCAGUUAACUCCAAUUAACCUUAAAUCUUGGUCGACAUUAUCUAUCCAUCUAGUGGGUGGUCUUUCUUUUCGUCUUACUCCCUCAAUUCUCGAAAAGGUUAUCUUUUGGUUGGAAAUGCAUCAUCAUAUCUAAACACAUGGCCCAGCCAUCUGAUACUAGAUGCCUUUAUGAUUCUCACAAUAUCAUUUUCACCAUAUUUCCAAUAUUUUCUAUAUAGUUCAUGAUUACAGAGAAUUCUCCACAUACCAUUUUGUUGUACCAGUCCAAGCCAGGUCAUCAGGAAUGUGUCAGUCCAGAAGGUUCCUUUUGAGAUUUCUGAAUCAAGUUUUUACAUGGCAAGGGGAUUGGCCUUCCACUCAACCCCCAACCUGGAGGGCCAGGCCUCCAUUUUUAUAAACCCCUUGGAGGGAGGGAUGCCCAGCUAUAACCCCCAGACACUGGGUACCCAUUUUAGUCACCUUUUAUGACAUGCAUGAGCUACAUUGGGACUAUUCUUUCACACCCGGUCACCACACAGUUUAUGUUUAUCACCGGUCAGUUUUAUGUUUUUCAUGUCAGCCAAAUAUGUAUUAAAAUUAAUUAUAUUUCAGUUGUUUAUAGGCAGUUUAGAGCUCAAAAGGAGGGAAAUAAUUAUUUAGCAUUUCAAAAUAAUGGAUUCUUACAGUUUUCUAUACAUUAGGUUAGAGAUAAAAUUUGGCCAUAAUUUAUGGUGAAAUUGUUGGUCUUGUCUACAAGGUGUUAAGGUAAGUUUAAUAAUAUAUGUAUCAAAAAUUUUGGUUACAUAACCUGUUUAAAGAUAUCACUCUUGCAUUUAAGAAUCAAAAUAUGGCUUCGUAUGAUUUUAGAUGAAAAUUAGUUUUCGUAUAGGAGUGAUGUAUGAAAAGUAUUGGAUGAAACAACUGGAGUCAAAAUUUAAGAUUACAAUUGCAUUAUAUUAUCUGGAGAAUUUUUAAUCCCUAAAAUAUAUUCAUUUAAUCCAGUUAAUUUAUUUUCCUGAAACAGUCUCAUAAAGUGUAAAUAAUGCUGAAAAGCAACGAGAUAUGAAUUGUCUGCAAUAUUUUCAUUAACAUAAUGUAAUUUUAAUUACAUUAUCGUAGCUUCAACUUUCCUUUCAAGCCAAAGUGAUAAAAAUGCUAAAUUCUUUGUUCUUCAGAAAAUGCAUUGGGAAGUAACAAAAAUUUCCAAGGAGCCUGUUUUUACAUAUUGCAGACAGAUUUAUAGGGUCAUAAUAGUGAAGGGCCCCAAAAUCAUCGACUAUUUUUUAAUUAUAACAUAAUAUAUACAUAAUAUAAAUAAAACAUAAUAUAACAUAAUAUAAACAUAAUCAUGUCUUAAAUUGAAGGGCCCUAAAUGUUCAGUUUAGGUGCCCCCAUUUGUUUUUAAUCUACCACUCUUACUGAAAACAUUUACCACUAAGAUUCCAACUUACCUUUUUUAAAAAAAUUUAUUUUAUUAUUCUGAUUAAAAAUUAGGCACCUAUAUAUUUUCCCUGAAGUUUGUGCUUUGUAAUUUGAUCUAGUUUUCCUUACUUUAUGAAGUGCUCUUAUGUUAUUAGUUACACAUUGUAGCAAUCUUUUCAAAUAUAGAAUGGCAAAAACUAAUUGAAAUAGUAUUAGUUCUGCAAAAACUGUUUUCUUGAAAAUUACAUAGAUAGAGAUUUGAAUGUGAUUAAAUGCAUACCUCAAGCUCUUCAGAAGUGGGAGACUUCAGUUCUUCCAAAUUAAUAGCUAAUGAUGUACAAAUGUUUGAUAACUGACCUUUCUUUAAUAAGAAAUUUUUUAUAAUUUUCAUAUCCCUGCUGCUUGAGUCCUACAGUAUUGGACUGUAUUUAUAAAAUUAUAUAGGAAAAAAAAGUACAGAAAAAGUUAUUUUCCAUAAAAUAUGCAGUGCUACUUAGUGAUAGAUUCUGAAGUUGCUGACUGAUGUAAUGAAAAUUGAAAAUUGUUCUGUAGAUUCAGCUUAGCUGCCAACUCUCUCAGUUUUUCAUUACAUUUCUUGUGUCUCCCAGUUUUUAAUUUUUAGUGUGUUCUAAUAAAAGUGUUAUUCUGCAGAUAAGUGAAAUUUAUUGAAUUAAUAACAUUUAAAUUAUACAAAUUGUAUUACCCACCCCUCGUGAUGUUCAGCCUAAUUUUUCUUAUUAAAUUUUAUUUGAUCUGAAUUAUAUUAAUCUACUGUGAAUAUGUGUAUAACUUUAUAUGAAGAUUUAACCAAUUUUUAAUCAAUAAAUAUUUGUAUUUAAUUUUGUUU